AUGGUCAAUAUGGCCAACCUCACUGGGAGCUUUGUCUCGCCAUUGGCGGAUGCGACGGUCUCGCCCCAACUUUUCGCGCCGGCAGGUCUCAUCGCCACCAUGUUGGAUGGCUUCACUGUCUGGAAGGGCCUGUUGACCUUCUUACUCGCCGCCAUCAUUUAUGACCAGGGUGAGUACGAAUGCGACAUGGGUGUGCACUUGAAGUCGCGUCUUGAAACUAACCUAGAUUCCCUUGCAGUCAAGUACCACUACCUCAAGGGCGCCAUUGUUGGCCCUAAGUACAAGAUCCCCUUCAUGGGCCCAUUCCUCGAAUCAGUCAACCCCAAAUUCACUGAAUACAAGGCCAAAUGGGACAGUGGAGACCUCAGCUGUGUUUCUGUUUUCCACAAGUUUGUCGUCAUUGCGUCGACUCGUGAUAUGUCCCGGAAGAUUUUCAACUCGCCCGCUUACGUGAAGCCCUGUGUUGUUGACGCCGCGCAUAAGCUUCUCGGCAAAUCCAAUUGGGUCUUCUUGGAUGGUAAGGCCCAUGUGGAUUACCGCAAGGGCCUGAACGGAUUGUUCACUCGCCAGGCUCUGGCCAUGUAUCUUCCCCGCACCGAGGAGGUCUUCAACUCUUACAACCAGCACUUCCUCGAAAAAUCCGCCGCCAACAACUUCACCCCGACACCCUGGAUGUCCGAGUUCCGCGAGCUUAUGUGUGCUCUGUCUUGCCGUACCUUUGUCGGCUACUACAUCACUGAUGAGGGUGUCCAGAAAAUUGCCGAUGACUAUUAUCUGAUCACUGCCGCCCUUGAACUGGUUAACUUCCCUAUCAUCCUUCCCUACACUAAGACCUGGUACGGCAAGAAGGCCGCCGACAUGGUGCUUGUGGAGUUCACCAAGUGUGCUGCUAAGUCCAAGGCCCGUAUGGCUGCCGGUGGCGAGAUCUCUUGUAUCAUGGACGCCUGGGUCAAGGCCCAGCUGGAUUCCGCCGCGUACCGCGAGAAGAUUGAGAAAGGAAUCUCGGUCGAUCCUUCAGAGAAGCCUAGCCAGAUUCUUCGUGAAUUCUCCGACUUCGAAAUUGCCCAGACCAUCUUCACAUUUCUGUUCGCUUCCCAGGAUGCAACCAGUGCCGCCUCUACCUGGUUGUUCCAGCUGAUGGCUGACCGCCCUGAGAUCCUGGACAAGGUCCGGGAAGAGAACCUGAAAGUCCGCAACGGCGAUCGCGAUCUCCCUGCCACAAUGGAUAUGCUAGACCAAAUGCCCUACACCCGCGCCGUCGUCAAGGAGACACUGCGUUACCGCCCCCCUGUCAUCAUGGUUCCCUACCUAGUCAAAAAGGACUUCCCUAUCAGCGACACUGUCACCGUCUCCAAGGGCUCGAUGAUCAUUCCCUCCGUGUGGCCAGCAUGCCACGAUGAGGAGGCUUACCCCAACCCAGACUCAUUCGAUCCCGACCGGUGGAUCACCGGCACCGCUGAGCAGCAGACCAAGAACUGGCUGGUCUUUGGCACAGGUCCCCACUAUUGUCUGGGUCAGACCUAUGCUCAGCUUUCUCUGAUGUCCAUGAUUGGAAAGGCCAGCAUGGUGAUGGACUGGGAGCACACCCCUACCCCCGAGUCGGAGGACAUCAAGGUGUUUGCCACUAUCUUCCCCCAGGAUGACUGUCUUCUUACGUUCCGCCCCCGCGCUUAA